AUGCAUCGAUCAAGAGAUCAUCUCGGAAAGGAAUCUGCAAACGACCAAAGAAACCAGAGUUCUGGUAGGGGAUCCGAGAAGGAGGAAAGACCUGGAAGCCCCGGUCCCACUGUGUCGCAGGCAAUAUUGGUGGAGAAUUUGGGUGAUCCAGGGAGUGAGCAGCGCAAGGAAGCAACCAUGUACUGUGGCGACGAGGAGAUUCCGUGGAUAGACUUGGACCGAGUCUGCGCUCUUCUGAAGGGAGCCAGUGCUCGUCUCGAAUCAUUGUUCUACAAAGAUCCAUGCUACAUCCGGACCAUUACUUUUGGGGGCCCUCGGAACCUACAGCUUUCUUGCUUCUCGCCACAGCUUUCUCGCUUCACGCCGCAGCUCUCGGCGCCACCUCUUCUCGAGCUCCUCCUCUCCCACAAGAGCAAGAAGGCAUCGGACCCCAAAGAUAAGGUCUUUGCUUUAGUAGGAGUAUCAGAUUCGGCCCAUACGUUUGGGCUGAUCGAUUAUUCACUUUCGAUGCGAGACGUCUACAUCCACACAGCUCGACACAUCAUCUCCAUCUCCCAAAGUCUAGAUGUGAUAUGUGUAAAGCAGCUCGACGCGAAUCAAUACGAGCUGCCGCCAUGGGCACCAGAUUGGACCAGGCCGUCCUCAAUCUCUGGUAUGGUAAUCAUAAGAUUGCACCACCACGAGCCAAACUUCACAGCAUCCGGGGACUGCGUUGCAGAUGUGCAAUUCACCUCCGAUGGCCAUGUUCUGAAAGCCUCAGGGUUCAUUCUCGAGACGAAUUCAACAGUCGAUAUGGCUUACAUGAAGCGCGGGGCCCCCAGUGAAGUUGUGCCAGCCCUCGAAGCUUUCCACGACUGGUGGAACAACUUCGUGGUCACUCACUCGAAUCCCGUGUCUGCACAGGCUGUCUUCGGACGCGUGGUAUCUUGCGGAACCUGGGAUCACGAGGAUAGCCAAACAUGUGUUUCCAAGCUUGAAGCAGUAUCUGCCGUAUCUGACUACCUCUUGUCGGGCUCGGACAUGUUGAGGUUGGACCCCCGUUCGAGACCUCGCACGGGUACUUUAGGAAGCCUGGGUAACUCGACUGCAUCUUUAGGAGAACAGGAUGACGCUUUGAGUGGGGAUGAGGAGGAGAAAGCUCAGUUAUCGACGAUCUUGUCGGCUAGCUUGACGAUGGAUAGGCGCAGGCUGUUCAUGACGCGCGUGAACCAUGUGGGGCUUGCUCCUGCAAAUGCGGAGGAAGUUGAUGUCAUCUCCAUGUUCAAUGCCCCUGAGAUCACCUACUACACUGGCGUCCACGCCGGAGACAUAAGCAACGCCAUCGACUCCAAACUCUCAUCCGCGUUCCCCAAAGGGAAGAACGACCUGCUCGUGAUUUACGUCUACCAUGAGACGCCCAACGCGCUCGUCAACGCGCGGUUCUUCAUCGACCACGCCCUGCACGCCCACGCGGACUUUAUCUUCGUGCUCAACGGCGCCAACACCCUGAAGGACCUGAUCCCGUCACAUCUCCCCAACGUGCAGUACCGGGAGCGGGAAAACAGCUGUUUCGACCUGGGCACGCACGGCGUGGUGCUGAACGAGAACGACGAAUCGAACGUGCACAACUACAAGCGCUUCAUCUUGAUGAACGCGAGCGUGAGGGGUCCUUUCGUGCCGGCCUGGGUGGACGUUUGCUGGUCAGAUGUCUACAUGGGCAUGAUAACGGAUAAGGUCAAGGCAAGUUCUAUCCAGCGAUACGCACGCAUCCAGAGACCAGAAAAGAAAAUGCGAAUGGCAGGAAUGACAUACAACUGCCAGCCUGGAUUCCCUCCUCACGUCCAAUCUAUGAUCCUCGCGACAGACUCCACCGGCCUAGCCGUCAUGCGCAACAAAUGUCUAAACACCUGCGCCAACGGCCACGUCGAAGGAGUCAAAUGCGAAACCGGCCUUACCACCGCGAUGUACGAAUCCGGCUACCAAGUCGACACCCUGAUGGCCGCGUACAAAGCCUCUGCCAACUUCAGCUACCUCGACAUCUGCCCGCCCACCGACCCGACCUUCAACGCCGGCUACUUCGGCUUCAACCUCCACCCCUACGAGACGCUCUUCUUCAAGGCGAACCGCAAUGUCGACCCCACCAUCAUCGAACACUUCUCAAAGUGGCAUGCGAACUACUCGUCGUGGGAUGCAUGCAAGAAAUCGAAAUGA